AUGAUCUCGGCUCUCAAGGGUCAGUCCGGUCCAAUACUUGUUGGAGUUGUAUCCUGGACUUUCGCGACGCUCCAAAAGCAUCAAUUUGAGACAAGACAAGCCGAAGUCGCUACUAUUGCCGAGAAGAUCCGUGUUCUUUAUGGCCCGCUCAGGGGCAAUCGCCUUGUUUACCGAUCAUCGUACGCUGCGAUUACUCAGGAUCAACCUCUCAAAGAUUGGCUCCAAAAAGCACAAGAAACAAAAAAUAAAGAAAUGAUAAUUGCCUGGAGAAAAAUUGCAACCCCGUCGAAUUUGAGAAAUUCAUCACUCGUGAUAGAGAAAGCUGACCAGAUGGACGACAAUGACUUGCUGGUGGAAAAUAACCUCAUCGGAUUCCGCUGCAAAAGAAAAAACAGCACUGAUCCAUUUGGUGAUUGUGGAAACUGCGCGCUCUCAAGUUACGUUGACGGUGUUCUCGACGAGCUACAAACUCGGAAAAACGAACUCGAGGGGCAUCUUCAAUCUCAUUCUUCAAUUUGGGGCUCAAUGGUUGCGCUCUUCGCGAUAUUUGCAAGCUAUGCCCAGUGA